UUAGCUUAAGCUUGUGCAUGUAUAUAUAGAUUGAGAACCAUGUAGCUAGCUAGCAAGAAAUUAGAAUUGAAGCAGCAGGGGGGAACAUUAGAGAUUAUUCAUUAAUAAGAAUGGCAAGAACUACUACUAUUCAACAUCGUACCUUGGGUGUGCUAGUGAUUCUUCUUGCGUUUUCUUAUCUUCUUAUAUGCUUGAAAGCAGUUCCAAUUACAAGAAGUGAAAGCCUCAUGCAAGGUUCUCAAGCCCAUGCUAGUAACCACAAGGAUGAGGAUAUGAAUAAUGAUGAAAAAACAGAGAGAAUGGAUUUGGAACUGCUAGACUACCAACCACCGGGGGCUAAUGGUCAUCACACUCCAAAAGCACCGUGAUGACACUAUAUUUUAUUAUUAUUAUUAUUAUUAUUAUUAUUAUUAUUAUUAUUAUUAUUAUUAUUAUUAUUAUUAUUAUUAUAUGUAACUCGUUAUAUAUUUAGAGUAGUAUUUUAACUUAGUCUUUUAGCUAAGAAAUUAGUAUUAUCUAGUUUAAUUGUGCAUCAUAAGAAGAACUACUACUGGUGUUGAAUCCUGCAUCACUAUCUAGUUUAAUUUGAUAUGGAUAUGGGAAAUCAUCAUGAUAAGUCUUUAAUUGUAUUUUUUAAAUUAAAUUCUGCUUUCUAAUUCAAAACCUGAAAUUCCUGCUGUGAUAGGGCUUAAUCUCACCGUACAAUCACAUUUUGCUUUAUAGUAGUAUUAUUUUAUCUACUCUAAAAUCUUAUUUUACCAUGGUUGCGGUUGUAACUAAUAAC